AUGAAUAUUAUUAUUGAAUUUCUUUAUGGCGUAGACUUCAAUGCAUCACAUGAUAUGAGAACACUUUUGGAUACGUUUUCGCUCGCAGAUGAAAUGGGCAUCAUGGUAUUACGUGAUGGAUUGAAAUCAUAUUUCAUCAAAAAUAUUAUAACCAUUAUGAAAAGCAACCCAUUAUUAGUUUUAGAAUUUAUUAAGAAAUUUAUUUUGUAUGACGAUUUGAAAGAGGUACUUUUAAAAGCUUUGUGUUUGAAUCUGGCGCUAUUAUUUAAUUUCGGUAACAAAGAAAUUCAUGAAAAUAUUCUCCAUGAAUUAAUAUCAAGGUCAGAGUUAUGUCUGGAAGAAAACUUGUUAUUAAGUAGAAUGAUUCAAUGGUUGUUGGAUACAAACGGGUUUCCAAAUAAGGUGCAAGAACAUUACGAAAAAUUCAAAGACAAUAACUAUGAUGUCCGAGAUGGCAAUUUUUGCCUUAGAUCUGAAAUUAUAGAUUUAGACACAGCCAAAAAAUUAAUUAUAUGGAUAAGCGGAAAAGAAUAUUAUAAGUGUUGGUACAAGUUUGAACUUUUAUUUAAUAUGAAGCAUGAUGGUUUAAAGUCAGAAACCUUUCAUAAAAACUGUGAUGGAAAAGGGCCCACUAUAGUAAUUAUUAAAUUACUUGAUGGUGAUUUAAUAGGUGGUUUUAAUCCAUUAGAUUGGGAAGGUGAGAAUGUUUGGAAAAAAACUAGUGAUAGUUUUCUAUUUCAAAAAAAUCGUCGUAGCUAUAAGAAAGUAAAUAUUAAACCAGGAUCCAAAGGGUUGGCCAUUCGUUGUGGAACUGCAUAUGGUCUGACAUUUGGAAGAAACGAUUUGUGUAUUCAGAAUGGUUCAGGUUUUUGUAUGGUUAAAGAUUCACAAUAUGAACGUUUAAGUGUGUCAGGAAGAUUCCAGAUGGCAUCUUACGAGCCUGUCAAGCUUACAAAUGGAAAUUUGGUAUUCAAAUGUCCAGUACCUAAAUCACUUCUUACAAAAGUUAAAUACACUACAAGUGAAGAAUUUACGGAUAUAAGAUACACAGCUAUCACAUGUGAUCCAGACGAGUUUGAAAUAAAAAAAUAUUUAAUACGACAAAAAAAAUAUAAGCGAGAUACUGAAAUAAUGAUUGUUAUUACAAUGUAUAAUGAAAACGAUACUCUCUUUAUUAAAACAAUGUCUUCUGUUAUAAAAAAUGUCGCUUAUAUUUGUUCAAAAGAAAGUUGGGGAGAUGAAGGCUGGCAAAAAAUUGUCAUGUUAAUAGUGUCAGAUGGUUGUAAUAAAAUCAAUAAACGGACACUAAAUGUCUUGAGUGCUAUGGGCUGUUACCAAGAUGGAAUUAUGCAAGAUUGUGUCAAAAAAAGAGCUAUUACUGCACAUCUUUUCAAAUAUACUACACAAUUAAUGGUCGAUAAUGAUUUUAAUGUCAAAGGGAAAGACUAUAGUAUCCCACCAGUACAGAUUAUGUUUUGUUUAAAAGAAAUAAAUGCAAAAAAAUUAAAUUCUCAUCAUUGGUCUUUUAAUGCUUUUGCUCCUCUUUUGAACCCAAAUAUUUGUAUUUUAUUUGAUGUGGGCACAAAACCUUCGCAAACCUCAGUUUAUUACUUUGAUCCUCAUGUCAGUGGUGCUUGUAGAGAAAUUAAAGUAGACCUUAGUCAUAAAUGUAGAAACCUUCUUAAUCCUUUAAUUGCUUCUCAAAAUUUUGAAUAUAAAAUGUCUAAUAUCUUAGACAAACCAUCUGAGUUUGUUUUUGGCUACAUCUCAGUAUUACCAGGCGCUUUCUCCGCAUACAGGUAUAAAGCAAUAAUAAAUGGACCAUUGGAAUCAUACUUUAAAGGUAAGACUAUGCAUGGGUUAGAUGCUACUAAGACUGGUAUAUUUGAAGCAAACAUGUACCUGGCAGAAGAUCGUAUUUUAAGUUUUGAGCUUGUCAUUAAGAAAAAUGAAUCAUGGAAAUUAAAAUAUGUAAAGUCAGCUAAAGCAGAAACUGAUGUCCCAGACAAUGUGCAUGAAUUUAUUUCCCAACAUCGUCGCUGGUUAAAUGGAUCUUUCUUUACUGCUUUCUAUUCUAUUUCCAAAUUUAAUCAUAUUUGGAGAUCUGGACAACCAUUUUUUCGCAAAAUAUUAUUACAAAUACAAUUCGUUUAUAAUGGUAUACAAUUAAUCUUCAACUGGUUCUCUUUAUCCACCACUUCAAAUCCUGCAAUUGAUCCUUUCAAAGGCCAUGGAGAUAAUUUAUUUGAUGCUGCACAAUCGUUGUAUUUAAUAAUUAUUGUAAUAAUUUUCAUUUGUUCAAUGGGUAAUCGUCCUCAAGGAACAAAAUUGAUAUACAUACUCUCAGUACCACCAAUAGAUUUUAAGAACCUUUCGAAUAUUCAAAAAACUUUAAGGAAUGCAGCAUUCCGUGAUAUCAUAAUUUCUGUUGUUUUAACUUACUUGCUAUAUCUUUUUUCAUCUUUUAUUCAUUGUGAACCAUGGCAUAUAUUCAGCUGUUUAGUUCAAUACCUUUUACUUGUUCCUUCCUAUGUCAAUAUUAUUAUAAUUUAUGCUUUUUGUAAUACUCAUGAUAUUUCAUGGGGUACAAAAGGAGAUAAUAUUAAUAUUGGAAAUCUGAGCGGAGUACUGCUAACUGAAGAAGAUACAGACUCCGUUAAAAUUAAUAUAAUUGAAGAAGGUGAGGAUAAAAAUGCUGCAUACGAAAAUAUUAUCCAGAAGUUAAAAAAUAAAGAUCAUGAAGAGAAAAAACACCGCAAUGACAUUAUAAAGAAAGAUGAUUAUUAUAGAUUGUUUAGAACAAAUUUUGUUCUUUCAUGGAUAUUUACAAAUGACCAAAAAAUAAAGGAGUAUUUUGAUGAAAAUUAUAAAGACCUUUACGAAAAUAAAUUUUAG